GCACUCCAUUGAGAGCGAGAUAAGACUGAAACGGAGCAUAGCCCUCAUCACUACGCACUACAGGCUAUACCCUAAAACAGCCUCAGCCAGGCUAUAGUAUAUUUAGCGGUGAUAUCGAAUCCUCCUUUCCACAAUUUCCAUCUUCUGAUACUCUUGAGAUUCUCUAAAACAUGCAUCACCAACGCGAAGGAUUCGGACGACGCGAGGGACGAGAAGAACGUUUCCAAGAUCGCCGCGAACAAUUCGGGGAGCGUCUCCAGGACCGCCGCGAAGCGCUCGAAGAGCGUCGAUUCGGACAUGGGCGUCACGGAGAUCAUUCAGAAGAGCGUCGACAUGAACGAUUCGAAGACCAUCGCCGCGACCCGGAUCAGCAGCAGUAUGCACCCCCGUCUGGAGGGUUCAACAGGGCGGAUUUCGUCUCUGAUGAAGAGUUUAAGAGGAUGAUGCAUCAUGAUGGCGGCGGCGCGGGGUUCGAACAAUCCCGCAGGGGAGGUAAUGUUAUCGGUCCUGAGGACUUUGGAGAAUGGGAUCGACAGAGACCACCUCAGAACGCUGGUUACCAAGAAUCAUACCAGCAGCAGUCCGUCCCUCACGAACAGCGCACAUCUGGCUAUGAGAGCGGCGCAUAUGCUCAGCCUUCUCGCAACCAGUAUUCUGUCCCAGAAUCGGUGGACCCACGUUAUGGAAGUAACGUGUAUGCACCCCCUGCUGGUCCUCCUGGUGCAUCAUCCAUUCAUGCGCCAGCGGGAGGUUAUGCUCCACCUCCUGGGCCGCCACCUCCAGGUACUAGACCUUCACAUGGAUACGAUGCUUCUCCUCAAGGAGGAUCGGGCCGAGGUGCUGCGAGUGAUUAUUACAAUGGGCCUCCGCCAGGUCAAUCAGCACAGACAUACUCGCACACCCCAGAUAACGCAAACGCUUAUGACGACUCCCCUAACCCACCUCGCUACCAGCCUCAACCCUCAGACGGGUUCGACGAUGAUAAUUAUAAAUCCCAUUUCUCUGCUCACGCUCAGGCGUAUGGGUAUGUUCUUUCCUUGUUGAUUCGAGCUAGAUUGAGCGUCAUUUCUUGUAGUUCCGAUCAUGAUGGCAAGCCAAUGGCGAAUGAUGCUAUUGGCGCAGCUGCCGCUAUUGAGGCGCUGAAGCUCACGGCUGCAAAUAACCAGUCGGGUAACAGGCCGCAGCAGGGAGGUAGACCACAGGGUGGAUUCCAUACCGACGCGAACGCUCCGCAUGCGACACCAUCUACCGGCGGUGCGCAGCAGUCAUCAGACAUGGGUGGGAGACCGAGUGGUGGGAAGCCUCAGGGGCGGCCACAGAAUGCGGAACCUGAGUCUGAGUCUGACGACGAGGGGCCGGCUGCUAAAGCACAGGCUUCUGCAGGAGGUGGUGGCAUGCAGGGCAAGAUCGCUGCCCUGGCGAUGGCCCAGGCAGGUAAACUCUUCGACAAGAAGGGCGGGGGAGACAGCCAAGGAAAGACGCAAGCUAUGCAAUCAGCUGCAGCAACUGCAAUGCGCUUAAUGGGAGAGUACAAGUCGACGGGUAAGGUAAACAUGGAGCCAGGGGAGAUGCAGAAGCUUAUGGGGGUUGCGAUGUCGCUGUUCUGAAGAGUAACACUGAUUGGCGGCAGAAUUCGAAAUUGAUCUUGCAGUCGUGUAUCUACAAUUCGAACACAUUUAGUACGGUUUCGAUGUGUUUUUUAAACGUCUGAUUAUACACGACGAGCCUCAUGCUUAAUUUUCCAUAGUCGUUGGUCUCUUGCUUGGUGCAACGUUCGUCCGACCACCAUGGUUGCGAGUUGUUGUUCCAGAGCGUAUAUGUCCUGAAUACAGAUAAGCCUGGAUGACUGGUCAUCGUACCAUUUUGAGACUGCCACAGAAUUGUGC